UGGUGCUCCGCCGGCAGUGGAUGUCACGGCACCCACCAAGAUCAUGUCUCUGCUGCCGUAUGCCGACACGCUGAUUGUGGACGGCAUUCGCAUCCGACCGCACAACCUCAUCAUGCACCAGCGCGUGUGGCGUUACGGCCUGGAGUUUCCCUAUUUCGAGUACGCCACCGUCGACGCCAACGACUUCUGGCUGCUCGGAGGGGGGCUGGGCGUGUCCCUGGGCAACCUGACCGUCAGUGACGCGCCGGUGGCCUUCCAGCCGCACUUAGGCAAUGUGCCGACUGCCGAGCAGGUCGAGCUGCAGUACUACAACGUGCCGGACUCGUUCAUCAAGUAAGUCGGACACCAGACAGACGACACACAGAUUGAGGGAGGGGUGCCCGUCGCUCAUGUGUGUCUCCCUGUGUCGUUGUGUGUUCCUACAGGUACACCCGAGGUCCUGAUGGCAUGCCCCAGCGCGUGAUCUUCGACCGCCGCGACCAGCCCCCGUUCCUGCGUGGCGCACUCAAGUUCGUCGAUGCGGGGGCCAGCGUCACGGUGCCUGACGGCUACGUCGCCGAAGGCACCGUGCUGCUCGAUGGCGGCAUGCGGGGCGAGCGGGUCGGCGGCUUCCGCCACAGCACGUGCACCUGGUGGAUGCCAUCUCUCGCCCACUUCAGCAGGGUCGAGGUCACCAUCAUCCGCCAGGACGACAUCACGGCCAAGAAGAAGGCCAAGGCGGACCGCACGCGGCGGAUGUUGCCAGUGGCCGAAGGCGAGGAGCUAGCCGCCGAUUCUGAGGAGGACGAGCCAACCCACGCCGCCGCCGCCAGUGCCGCCCCCGCCCCAGCCUGUGUGAGCGAGAACAUGAGCUCGGACCCACCUGCAGCUGCUAGGCCCGGUCAUGCCAAUCAUGGGCAUUCUGGGUGA